AUGCCGAUGUGUGGCCACAUCUUCUGUCUCCCAUGUCUCAUCCGCUACAUGCAUUCCGAGGACGAUGCCAAGGCCCGAGACAAGCGGGCACGUUCGAGCAAAUGCCCGCUGUGCUUCGACACCAUAUACGCAUCUGAAACGAGGCCAGUGCGCUGGUACACAGGCCAGGAGGGUGAGCCUCCCCGCGAGGGAGGCGAUGUAGUUCUCCGCUUGGCUGUCAGAUCCGCGGGAAGCACCCUGGCUAUGCCCCGCGAUGGCGCGUACGCUAUGACCAAAGAUGAAGAUAUCCCUUGGUAUCAUGCCGCCGAGGUAACCGAUUAUGCCCGCAUAAUGCGCGGUGGUGAGGACUACAUGCUGCACCAACAUGAUCAGGAAAUUGUAAAGCUGGAGCAGCAAGGAAAAGAGGACGAAGUCAUGUUUGCCGAAGACAGCAUGGAAUGGACCAACAAGGCGAUAAGGAGUAUCCGAGAGGCCAAGGAGAAACUCAAAGGAAUCGGAAACCCACCAGAGGAGCCCGCCAAGCCCGCGGAACCCAAGAUGAAGAGAGCGCCCAUUGUAUUCGACGAAACGACGGCACCAGACAUGUACACCGUACAGGACCAUUCCCAGGUCGGUCUUGCUUACGGCAAGGACAGGGCCAUGUCUGGCUCUUCGCACUCUUCAGCAGCAAGCCAUGGAAUGUCUUUGACGCUUGCAGAGCUUCGUAAUCGACAGCACCACGAGCACCAUCAGACGCCCGCGGAAUAUUUCUUCUACCAAGCACUGUUGCAUUACUACUUAUCUCCGCUAGACAUUCGCAUUCUGAAAGCGGCUUUCGGAAAUUUCGCCUCGUUUCCCUCAACGAUCCUUCCCCGUGUCGAGCACGUAUCUACGGGACACGUAGUCGAUGACGAAUUGCGCAAGCGCACAAAAUACCUGGCGCAUCUACCAUACGGCUGUGAGGUUGCUUUCCUUGAAUGUGAUUGGACCGAUACUGUUGCCCCAGAAGUGCUGGAGCGCUUCCGACCCGAUAUUGAGAGAAGGCGAAAGAGGCAUGUUGAGAAAGAGAGCAAAGAAGAGAAGGCACGACAGCGUGCGGAAAAGGCCGAGUACGCCGAGUUUGCAUCUGCGCGCAGAAGGCGUCCAAGCAUGACGGAGAGAUUCUCCGCCGACGAUUUCCAGCCUCUAGCAUCAGGCAGCAUGCCGGACGUGCAGCCCGUCAUGGAUGGAGACAACUCUUCGACGUCGCCACCCUGGCCACGGCGGCGUGGCGAUGGCUUCGCUCCGUUGGCUUCUCCUUCGUCAAGCCCGUCAGCGCCACGGACCGUAUGGGGUACGGCGAUAGUGGCAGGCACAUCUCCAGUGUUUGGGCCCCAGGAUCAUCAUGACGGCGAUGAUGGGUGGCUGCAGGGCUGGGAGAAGGAUUUGCUUGCCGAGGAAGACAUGAUUGCCCAAGCACAAGCCAUGUCUCUGGGUGGAGGCGAAGAAGGCACGAAGAAGCCGGCCGGUGGAAAGAAGAAGAAGGGCAAAAAGAUCACGUUGAUGAGUACGAAUGUGCGGAGGGGAGCGUAG